AUGUUCUCAUACGGUCUGGCCUCGGCGGAGGGCAUCUGGUCCUCAAUGCAGCCGGUCACCUACACCUACCUGCCUGCGCCCUGGUUGCUGCCUCCCAUCCAGGCCCACAACUUUUGCAGCCGGCCACAGAGCAUGAACCCUGGGGAGCCAAGAGAAUUCCACUACUUCCACACCCCAACAGCCCCACAGUCCUGGUGGGCCUACCCACAGGCCUAUGCCAAUUCCAUGCACCCUCCUUUCCCCAUGCCAGGUUACCAGGGGCCGGCACUGCCCGGUCCCACUUUGGCGGGGAGGCCCGAGAGUCGGGCGCCUUGGCCCGAGGGCAGCAGCUUGCAGGCCGAGCUGCGCUGGGGACGCGUGGAGCGCGUGGUGGGCCCGCGCCUCGAAUUGCCCGACUUCGUGCAGCGGGACCUGCGACGCGUGUACGGCACGUACCCGCACACCGACGCACGUGUCACCUUCCGUGGCGGCGAGUUCUUGGUGCAGGCGGUGCCGCGGGCCGGCGAGCACGAAUACCGCGUGGGCAGGCGCGUGGUGCCUGCGCCAGCCAGCAGGGACACCCGCGACAGCAGCCCGGCCACUGGGGCGAUGCAGAAGGAGCAAGGCCGCCAGAAGAAGAAGAGAGGCCUGAGCUGA